AUGGCCGACGCGGAUGUGGCUGAUGCCGAGAAGAAAGAGUUGUUCCUGGACGUUCCAAAUGGCGGUCCAGCCUCGUUGAGCCCAGUUUCAACGAACCAGUCUCAACCGCGAGGUCGAAACCGGAGUCGGAGCCGGCCUCGUGCGAGCCUCCAUUCUACUCGAUCAUAUGUGGACGGCCACAGCACUUACUUUGCGGAGCCACAGGUCGAAACAGCUCCCGGAGACCAGCAUGGGGAUGUCGAGCAGUCACCCGAGAAGAGCUUCGAAGUAGGGUGGGAUGGACCAGACGAUCCCAUGAAUCCGAAGAACAUGAAGCCGAUGAGGAAGUGGCUUGUAGUCGUCACAUUGGCAUUCGGUUCCUUAUGCGUGACUUGUACAUCUUCGUUGUACACAAUCACCUAUGAACAAAUGGACGCCGAGUUCGGCAACUCGAGGAUAGUCGCAACCCUUGGACUGUCUCUUUUCGUCUUUGGCCUGGGCCUGUCCCCAAUGAUACUCGGACCUCUGAGUGAAUUUUUCGGUCGCAGACCCAUUUACAUUUUUGGUUACAUCUUUUUUACCAUCUGGCUGUUCCCAUGCGCCUUCGCCCAGAACAUUCAGACAGUAUUGAUAGCGCGAUUUCUUGAUGGCUUUUCCGGAAGCGCCUUCUUGUCGGUUGCUGGUGGUACCGUUGGAGACAUGUUCAACCGAGAUCAGCUGCAAGCACCGAUGAUGAUAUACACCGCUUCACCGUUCAUUGGCCCUGGGCUUGGGCCCAUCAUCGGCGGAUUCAUCAACUACAACACCUCUUGGCGGUGGUCAUAUUACGUCCUUUUGAUCUGGUCGGGAGUCAUGUUGCUUGUCAUCACCUUGUUCGUCCCGGAGACGUAUAUGCCCGUGGUCUUGAGGAAGAAGGCGCAGAUCAAGCGGAAGGAGACAGGUGACGAUCGGUGGAAAGCUCCGAUUGAGAUCCACGAGAAAUCAAUCUUCUGGACGGUCGUCAGGUCUCUGUACCGGCCCUUCAUGCUGCUGUUCUUGGAACCCAUGUGCUUUAACCUGUGUCUAUUCUCCGCGAUUCUGCUGGGCAUUCUGUACCUGUUCUUCGGCGCGUUCAACCUGGUCUUUACCGAGGUUUACAACUUCAAGGUCUGGCAGAUCGGCCUCUCGUUUCUUGGUCUCCUCAUCGGCAUGAUUUUGGCAAUAUUGUCCGACCCGAUCUGGCACAAAAAUUACAUGCGACUGCUCGACAAGCACGAAGCGAAGACUGGUGAACGGAAAUCGGAGCCCGAAUAUCGAUUACCGCCUUCAGUUUUCGGUGGCUGGUUCGCUGUGGUCGGACUCUUUUGGUUUGCGUGGACUAUAUACCCGAGCAUUCACCCGAUUGUGCCCAUCAUCGGUAGUGGUUUCUUUGGAUUCGGCAUCAUCCUUGUGUUUACAGGAGUGUUCACUUUCCUGGUGGAAGCGUAUCCCCUUUAUGCAGCCAGCGCAUUGUCGGCUAACUCGUUUGCGCGAAGCUCCUUUGCUGGGGCAUUUCCGCUCUUUGGCGUUCAGAUGUACAACAAACUCGGCUUCCAUUGGGCCACGUCAUUCCUGGCAUUUCUUUGCUUGGUCAUGGCUCCCUUCCCGUAUCUGUUCUUCAUAUAUGGGAAAAGGUUGCGUCGGAAGAGCAGAUUCAGCAACCUAUCUUGA